AUGGCACUGGGAAACUUCUCCCGGGUGACUGAAUUCGUCCUCCUGGGGCUUUCUGAUAAAAGGGAGCUGCAAGUCCUCUUCUUCAUCCUCUUCUUCAUGGCCUAUGCCAUGGUUCUGCUGGGAAACCUUCUCACCAUUGUGACAGUCAGGACUAACCCCAAGCUGUCCUCACCCAUGUACUUUCUCCUCUGCAAUUUGUCCUUCAUAGAUAUCUGCUCCACCUCUGUCACCUCUCCCAGGAUGCUGGUGGACCUGCUCUCCCAGAAGAAGACCAUUGCGUUUGAAGACUGUAUAGCCCAGCUGUUUUUUCUACACUUUGUUGGGGCAUCAGAGAUGUUCCUCCUGACUGUAAUGGCAUAUGACCGCUACACUGCCAUCUGCAAGCCCCUGCACUACCCAGCCAUCAUGAGCCGGCAGCUGUGCUGGGUCCUGGUGUCUGUCUGCUGGGCAGGGGGCUUCCUCCACUCCAUUGUCCAGACGUUGUUCACAGUCCAGCUCCCCUUCUGUGGCCCUAACACAAUCAACAACUACCUCUGUGACCUGCCUCCUGUCAUUCAGCUUGCCUGCACAGACAUUCGUGUCACUGAGUGGCUCAAGGCUUCCAGCAGCGGCUUAAUAUGCCUGGUUUUCUUCCUGGUGCUGGUCACAUCUUACACUUUCAUCCUGGUCACAAUCAGGGUUCGCUUCACUCAGGGGCACUGGAAGGCGCUAUCCACCUGUGCCUCACAUGUGAUGGUUGUCACCCUCUUCUUUGUGCCCUGCAUCUUCAUCUACCUCCGGCCCUUUUCUACCUACCCCUUGGACAAGUACAUCUAUGUGAUCUACACUGUCGUCUCCCCGGUGAUGAAUCCCCUCAUCUAUACCCUGAGGAAUAAUGAGGUGAGGGCAUCCAUAUGGAAAUUGUGGAAGCGUUGCAGAUUCUUCUGA